AUGUCGGCGUCGAGUAGGGGAGCUGCUCUCCUUAGGAGCCAACAACGUUCCAUCUGCCUACAAUGCCGCACCCAGUCCCGACUUGCGCCCGCUGCCGUCUUCAGCAACGUCGCCGCCGCCGCUCCUAGACGUUUCUAUUCCGCCGAGGCCACACCAUCCCCGACGACGACAACGACAACACCUCCUCCUCCUACUCCUCCUCCCGUCAACCCCCCCUUCACCACAUCAACAGGCACCCACGCCGCCACCUCGACCUCGUCGCAAGUCUACCGCAUCAAGUCCGGCGUGAUCCUCACUCGCCCUCCCCUGCUCACCCGCGAGCUGACGCCCUUUGAAGAAUCCUUCUACUUCUACCAGAAGCGGCUCAACGAGCGGCUGACCGCCCCCUUCCGCAAGGACUUUUACUUCAAGAAGGACACGGCGGCCGACCUGGACUGGCGCAUCAAGCUGAACGAGCGCCACGGCGUUCCCGCCAAGGACAUUGGCCGGUACAACCCGCGCGGCCGCAUGGCGUGGAACGACGAGCUGCUGGUGGCCUCGCAGACCUCGUCGCGGGCGCAGAUGGUGGAGAAGCUGCUGGCCGAUGCGGAGAUGCGGGUGUCGGAGGACGGCGAGGAGAUCCCCGCCGAGGACCGCGUGCCUGUGGAGAAGCCGAUGCCGAGACGGACGGAGGCGGACGAGAAGAAUGAUGUCAAGAGGCUGGAUCGCGCGCUGGAUCGGACGCUCUAUUUGGUGGUCAAGAAGAAGGCGGAGAAGGAAGGGGAGGAGGCCAAGUGGGUGUUUCCUACGGGCGUGGUUCCCACGGAUGAGGGUUUGCAUGAGACCGCAGCCCGCAUUCUAGCCGAGUCCGCAGGCGUCAACAUGAACACUUGGAUCGUCGGCCGCGUGCCCGUCGCGCACCACGUCGCCCGCCCCGUCUUCGGCCAGAAGGACGGCGCCCUGCUCAAGAAGGGCGAGAAGAUCUUCUUCCUCAAGGGCCGCAUCAUGGCCGGCCAGGCCGACCUCAAGGACAACCUGCACGACCUGGUUGACUUCAAGUGGCUGACCCAGGAGGAGCUGCGCAGCACGUUGGCCGAGGAUUACUUCCAGAGUGUCAAGGGCAUGUUUGCUGAGAGGUGA